AUGGCCAGGUUAUUGUGUUUGGCAAAUUGUCAAGAUGGAGUAAUUUCUGAGGAGGUCAAAGGCAACAGAAGUGCUAUUAAUAUGAAGAGAAGAAAUGAAGCCCGACCCCGAAGAGGGCGUUCUAACAGUUCUUCACCUCCAAGACAGCGAGGUACUAAAUCUCGUAGACGAGUAACUGGUGUAACUAAUGAAGACAGUAAAGAUAGUGUGAAGGAUGAAAAACCCAAUACCCCAUCAAAACAGAUAGACUCUGAUACUUCAGAGGAGAGCACUGGAAGCAAGCGCCAGAGUCAAAGAAUCUCAAGCAAGGAGUCGGAUAUUAAAAAGACUCCUGUAGUUACCAAACAAACAGUUCCCAAAAGUAGAACAUCCAGAAAGACAAGUUCAGAUUCCACAUCGAAAGCGAAAGAUGAAGUGGAAAACAAACCAAGUCCGCCUCUACCCAUGUCCAUGCCACAAUCACCUGCAGUCCCUUCACCCUCCACAUACCAACCACCUGUUCAGGAUCAUAAUGUUCCCUCACCUGCAGUGAUCCCCUCAUCAGCGCCAUCAAUAAAUCAGAUUCCACAGCCAUUAAUGGGGAUGUCUAAGAUUGAACAACCGUUAACAGACUUGAAACUCCCAGAAAGAGUUAUUGCUAAGCCACCCAAAAAGCGCAAAGCUGAUCUUGAUUCAGAAGCUUUUGCAACACCUCCUCCCUUACAAAAAAGACCUUCUAUUGAUCUUGAGGAGUGGAAAAAUCAACGUGUGUUAGCAAAAAGAAAUGGUGUGUAUGUUCCAGGGGUUAUUAAGGACAUUAAAACAAAUGUUAGUUUGGGGAUUCUAUUUGAUGAAGAUACAAGUUUAUGUUAUUAUCAACACAUUUUUGAUGUAUCAAUACCAGAAAUAAUCAGUGACCAUAGUCCAAGGGGUGUGACAGUCAGUGUUGGUGCCAGAGUAUGUGUCAGAAUAAGCUCUGAUGCCAAUGUGUUUUAUCCUGGUUAUGUUAUGGAGAAAAAGCUUAAUCCAAUUAUUUACCGUGUCAAACUUGAGAACAGAUCUCCUGAUCAAGAGGUAAUGGUUUCCAGAGCUAACUUGCGUCUUCUGCAGCCUCCUUGGUAUGAAGAUUUGGAGGAAAUGGAAAUGGACUUUCCAUUAAAGCCACCAUUGACACAGGAGCUGCGUAGUCCAAUGAGUAUGCGAACAGAUCAACACAGCGCUGGUACACCAGUAACUCCACUUCUUGAUCAAAGUGAAACUGAUGAUGAAAUUUAUGAACUUGAAAAGAAUUUUGAUUCCUCAGGAAUGAGCACACCCAGAUCGGGAAGUGCUACACCUGGCUCUGGAACAAGGUCACAAAAUGGCAGAGACAGAAGACAACCACCUAAAAAGAGAGAUUCUGCUCGCAGCCGAAGUGCUCAAUCAACAGAGAGUAGUCGCUGCAGCACCCCUCGUUCACCAAAUUCAAAUACAAAAUAUAAAAAAGGUGAUGUUGUUAGUACACCUAAUGGAAUCCGUAAAAAAUUCAAUGGAAAACAAUGGCGCAGAUUGUGUUCAAAAGACGGCUGUACCAAAGAAUCCCAGAGAAGAGGUUUCUGCUCGAGACAUUUGUCGUUAAAGGGUAAAGGAGGAAUGAGACAACCCACUUUCCCUGGUUGCCACAAGGGGGAAAUGAAAGAUAGUGGUAACCUUGAAUGGAAUGAUUCACGAGAAGGAGAAUACCAGCAACGAUAUGAAACAGAAGAAACAGAAGCUGCUAACAUGUUGGUAUCUCUUGGAAAUUCCAGAUCUGGUACACCAGCUUUCUCCCCAACUCCUCAAACUCCUGUCUCACCUCGUAUUCAGUCGCCAGCGGGUUCUGGCAUUUAUCGCAGUUCGAAUUCAUUUACUCCCAUUUCACCUCAUCCUAACUCUCAAUAUCAGCAUACUUUUGUUGGAUCACCAGCUCGCAGUUGGAGCUCAAAGUCAGGAAGUUCAUCCUCUGAACACGUCUCUCCCAUAACCCCACGUUUUCCCUCCUACCAUCAACAACAACAGAAAGGAUUACCGGUACCAGCUAAACCACAUGCUUUGUCUUUGUCCAAGCAAGAUUUGGGACGUAGUGAAGAUUCUGGUAUUGGUAUUGAUAUCAGAACACCCAAAACUCCAUUAUCUAAAGCAGCAUCUUUGUCAAAUGUAGUUGGUAUUCAAGGAACAAAAGCAGUACAACCUGGUAUGCAAGUUCAGCAGAGUGUUUAUCACAGCACUGUUGAUAUGACAGCCAAAGCACAUCCAGACUUGACAAAAUCUGCCCAUUACUUGCCACAGAAUCGUCCUGCUGCUUCACAGCAAACUUCAACGAUAUCUGCUCCUAUAAUCAAACAAGCUCUUGGACAACCUGUAAUGACGAAUUCAUCACAGCAGCAAGGACGUACAUAUCAAACCUACCAAGCUAUUUCAGCUCAACAGAAUCGAAUUUCUGAACCUGCUCCAAACACGCAUCCACAAAUGAGAGCAAAUGAACACGAAAUGAAGAGACCACAGAACAGUAUGGCACCCCCUGAACAGCAUCAUAGUAUCAGGUUUCAUCAACCAGUGCAACAUCCAUCCCCGGUGAAUUUAUUACCAGUGAUUCAGAGAGGUUCUGAAGUACCUAAAUCAGAAGGGGUUGCAGCAGUUCAGAUUGUUAAUGUGGAGAAAGACAAUAACCAUGUACCUGUGGUGGCUGAGGACAGAAAUAUUGUCAGUAAGUACAAACUUUCUGUAAUAUUUCUAUUUAGAUCAGUUUCAAUCUUUGAAUACUGA